GGGCCAUCUGCUCCUGGUUAUUUUUGUGUUAGCCACUUCCCCUUAAAUGUAUGUUCACAAAUGAGCCACAGCCGUAUCAGCUGGGGUCAAAGGAAGACGGAUCUAGGUGCUGCUCCUGAACUUGGUCUGUGAGCCAUGGCUUCCCAUAGACACUCAGGUCCCUCCAGCUACAAGGUGGGCACCAUGACUGAAAAGUUCGACUGCCACUACUGCAGGGACUCCCUCCAGGGGAAGAAGUAUGUGCAGAAGGACGGCCACCACUGCUGCCUGAAAUGCUUUGACAAGUUCUGCGCCAACACCUGCGUGGAGUGCCGGAAGCCCAUCGGGGCAGACUCCAAGGAGGUGCACUAUAAGAACCGCUACUGGCAUGACACGUGCUUCCGCUGCGCCAAGUGCCUUCACCCCUUGGCCAAUGAGACCUUUGUGGCCAAGGACAACAAGAUCCUGUGCAACAAGUGCACCACCCGGGAGGACUCACCCAAGUGCAAGGGGUGCUUCAAGCCAAUCGUGGCAGGAGAUCAAAAUGUGGAGUACAAGAAGACCGUGUGGCACAAAGAUUGCUUCACCUGCAGCAACUGCAAGCAAGUCAUCGGGACUGGAAGCUUCUUCCCUAAAGGGGAGGACUUCUACUGUGUGACUUGCCAUGAGACCAAAUUUGCCAAGCACUGCGUGAAGUGCAACAAGGCCAUCACAUCUGGAGGAAUCACUUACCAGGAUCAGCCCUGGCAUGCCGAGUGCUUUGUGUGUGUUACCUGCUCUAAGAAGCUGGCUGGGCAGCGUUUCACCGCUGUGGAGGACCAGUAUUACUGCGUGGAUUGCUACAAGAACUUUGUGGCCAAGAAGUGUGCUGGAUGCAAGAACCCCAUCACUGGGUUUGGUAAAGGCUCCAGUGUGGUGGCCUAUGAAGGACAAUCCUGGCACGACUACUGCUUCCACUGCAAAAAAUGCUCCAUGAAUCUGGCCAACAAGCGCUUUGUUUUCCAUGAGGAGCAAGUGUAUUGCCCCGACUGUGCCAAAAAGCUGUAAAGUGACAGGGGCUCCUGUCCUGUAAAAUGGAAUUGAGUCUUGUUCUCUGUGUCCUCGCCCUCUGCCCUGCACCACCCCUAGGGCCAGAGCGGCCUCUCACCUCUGAAGUUCUUCUGGCUUUGCUCCCAUUUUACAGUAUUACUCACAUAAGGGCACACAGUGAUCAUUACUAGGAUUUAGCAGCGAAGUUCACUUCUCUCCAUAGCUGCAGUGAUAAAACAAACACUUAGAUAGAUUGACUCUUCUGCAUGUUUUACAAUAGGGCAGAAAAGUGCUAAUAACCAUUUAGUUGCUUAGUGACGUAAGCAAGAAGUGUAACACACGAAGCCCCCACUGAGAUGCGUCUCGUGGCUCAGCUGGGACCCACCGUGUCCUCAGGACACACAAGAGUUGCAGCGGCUGCUCCAACUCGGCUGCUCACCUGUUCCGUGAGCAGAAAUCGAACUUACCGAAAUGCAUGGUUGAACUUCCUCAUCGAAAUCUCCUUCUGUUCUUUUGUGCUUUCAAAUGACUAAUACGAAUUUCCAGAAAGUCAACAUUUGAACUUAGCUGUAAUUCUAAACUGACCUUCCCCCACCCCCAUACUAACCUUCAAUUUUCCCCACGUGGCGUGUUUUCUGAACGUUCCUACUUUCAAGCAUGGAACAUGCAGGUGAUUUGCAAAGUGUAGGCAGACCCAAGAAAACGAGCCUGUUUCACAGGAACAUCGCCACAGCGAAUAUUUCUGGAAGCUUAACAAAACUAACCCAGCUGCCCUUUUGCUUUUUUUUUGUUGUUGUUGUUGUUGUUGUUGCUGGGUUUUUUUUUUUUUUUGAAUCUUUCAUUUUAAUGAAUAGUAACAUAGUUUAUGGGUUUGGAGACUUGCAUGUCAAUAUUUUCGCCCCCUUCAAACGUGUCUGCCGUUUUGAAAUUCAUCCUACAGAAGUAGCCGUAACACUCUAGAAGGGUAGCUGAGCAGGCGCCAGGAUGGUCCCUGACACAGAUAGGACAUUUCCAAGCAGUGGCAAGUGGAAUACCUUGUAAUGUAGUAGUUGCCUGCUCUUGGUCCAUGUGGUGGAGGCCAGUCGAGUCCCUUCUCUUGUGAUUCUUAGGAACAUUCCCUCAGAGCCUCUCGAUCUCUGGGGGAGCGGCCACCACCGUCAUAGGCAGAACCAGACUUCCAAAUAGUGCUCACCUGAGAUGCAGGCUCACCUACUGGCUGUACUCCAUCGACAUUGUUAUAGGACAUAGUAUAAUGAGACAGUAUCAAAAGUAAACAUGUAAUGACAGUGCAUAUUAACAUUCUCGUAGGAGUGGUUAGCGAAGCCAAUGCCUCCUUUCUACGUUUUGUCAUUAGCUAUUAUCCUCUAACGUUUCAGUGUAUCCUUACAGAAAUAAAGCAGCAUAUAAAUAA